GCGGCAGCAGGGCCCGCGCGGCAGUGGGGCUGAAGCGCAGAUUGGAUUUCAGCGGGAGCGGCGGGAGCUCCGGCUUGCGCUAGUUGAGGGGCCGGGCUGCGGGAGCGGAUGACUGGGACGUGAAUAGAUGUGCCUCGCUGCUGGCCGGUCCUCGGGCAUCUCCGGCGCGCGUCCGCAGGCGAAGUCAUGAUGUAUUCGCCCAUCUGUCUCACUCAGGAUGAAUUUCACCCAUUCAUUGAGGCACUUCUUCCACAUGUCCGUGCAAUCGCCUAUACUUGGUUUAACCUGCAGGCUCGAAAACGCAAGUACUUUAAAAAGCACGAGAAGCGAAUGUCAAAGGAUGAAGAAAGAGCAGUCAAAGAUGAGCUUCUUAGCGAGAAGCCUGAAAUCAAACAGAAGUGGGCAUCCAGGCUCCUGGCCAAACUGCGCAAGGAUAUCCGCCAGGAGUACCGGGAGGACUUUGUGCUCACCGUGACUGGCAAGAAGCACCCGUGCUGUGUCUUGUCCAACCCUGACCAGAAGGGUAAGAUCAGGAGAAUCGACUGCCUGCGACAGGCAGACAAAGUCUGGCGUCUGGAUCUGGUCAUGGUGAUCCUGUUCAAAGGCAUCCCUUUGGAAAGUACCGAUGGAGAGCGGCUCAUGAAAUCCCCACAUUGCACAAACCCAGCACUUUGUGUCCAGCCACACCACAUCACAGUAUCAGUUAAGGAGCUUGAUUUGUUUUUGGCAUACUACGUGCAGGAGCAAGAUUCUGGACAAUCAGGAAGUCCAAGCCACAAUGAUCCUGCCAAGAAUCCUCCAGACAAGGUCGUUUACAUUGGGUCCUGUAUGCCCUUCAGCAGUCAUCCAAGCACGGAAAGGCGGUGUUUUCUGCACUGCCACGAAGACUUCUUGGGCCGGAUGGCAGGAUACCUUGAGGAUAGUUUUGUAAAGUCUGGAGUCUUCAAUGUAUCAGAACUUGUGAGGGUAUCCAGAACACCCAUAACCCAGGGAACUGGAGUCAAUUUUCCAAUUGGAGAGAUCCCAAGCCAACCGUACUAUCAUGACAUGAACUCCGGGGUUAAUCUUCAGAGGUCACUGUCUUCUCCACCAAGCAGCAAAAGACCCAAAACCAUAUCCAUAGAUGAAAAUAUGGAACCAAGUCCCACAGGAGACUUUUACCCCUCUCCAAACUCACCAGCUGCUGGAAGUCGAACAUGGCAUGAAAGAGAUCAAGAUAUGUCUUCUCCAACUGCUAUGAAGAAGCCUGAAAAGCCAUUGUUCAGCUCCACGUCUCCACAGGAUUCUUCCCCGAGACUCAGCACUUUCCCCCAGCACCACCAUCCUGGAAUCCCCGGAGUCGCGCACAGUGUCAUCUCAACUCGAACUCCACCUCCACCCUCACCGCUGCCAUUUCCAACACAAGCGAUCCUUCCUCCAGCCCCAUCGAGCUACUUUUCUCACCCAACAAUCAGAUAUCCUCCCCACCUGAAUCCUCAGGAUACUCUGAAGAACUAUGUACCUUCUUAUGACCCAUCCAGUCCGCAAACCAGCCAGCCUAACAGCAGUGGUCAAGUGGUAGGGAAAGUGCCUGGCCAUUUCACUCCUGUCUUGGCACCCUCUCCCCAUCCCAGUGCAGUGCGACCUGUGACUCUGAGCAUGACAGAUACUAAACCCAUCACUACAUCCACUGAAGGUGAGGCAGCUUCACCUACAGCGACCACCUACACAGCCUCAGGCACAUCUCAAGCCAAUCGAUAUGUGGGACUAAGUCCAAGAGACCCAUCCUUCCUACAUCAGCAACAGCUGAGGAUUUGUGACUGGACCGUGAAUCAAAACGGCAGGCAUUUAUACCCCAGUACCAGUGAGGAUACAUUGGGAAUUACUUGGCAAAGUCCUGGUACCUGGGCUAGCUUGGUUCCUUUCCAAGUGUCAAAUAGGACACCCAUCCUACCGGCAAAUGUCCAAAAUUAUGGUUUGAACAUAAUUGGAGAACCUUUCCUUCAAGCAGAAACGAGCAACUGAGGGAAAAGGAAAUACAACAAUAGUUUAAGAAAUUUUAAAAAAAGGAAAAGAGGAAGACUGGACAAAACAAAGGGAGAAAGGAAAGAAACUGAAGAAAGAAGAUGAUAGACCAGCAAUUGCAGCACUUACAAUCACUAAUUCCCUUAAGGUUGAAAGUAUAAUGACAUUAAAAGGGUCGAUGAUAUUUCACGAAUGGUAGAUCGCAGCCCCUGCAACGUAGCCUUUGUUACAUGAAGUCCGCUGGGAAAUAGAUGUUCUGUCUCUAUGACAAUAUAUUUUAACUGACUUUCUAGAUGCCUUAAUAUUUGCAUGAUAAGCUAGUUUUCUUGGUUUAGUAUUCUUGUUGUUUACGCAUGGAAUCACUAUUCCUGGUUAUCUCACCCACAAAGGCUAGGAGGCGGCAUCAGAGGUGCUGGUGACAGAGCCAUGAGCCAGCCAUUUUCUAAGCACUCUGAUUUCUAAGAGUUAAAAAAAUAUAUAAAAUCUCUGUAGCCUUUAGUUAUCAGUACAGAUUUAUUAAAUUUUGGCCCUUAACCCAGCCUUUUCCAGUGUGUAACCCAGUUCAAAAUCUUAAAAAAAAAAAAAAAAAAAAGACAGAAAAGGAAAAAAAAAAAGAAAAAAAGAGAAAAAAGGGAAAAAAAAAAACCAGUUUGAACACAAAGGCUCUAUGGAAGAAAUGCCUCUAUGUAGGUGAAGCGUUAUCUCUGCAUGCAACAGUAAAAAUUAAUAUAAUAUUUUCCCCACAAAAGAAACACUUAACAGAGGCAAGUGCAAUUUAUAAAUUUAUAUCUAAAGGGGAAUCAUGAUUAUAAGUCCUUCAGCCCUUGGACUCUAAAUUGAGGGGAUUAAAAAGAAUUUAAAAUAAUUUUGAACAAAUUUAUUUUCCCCUCAGUUUUUGAGGGCAUUUAAAAAGGCAUUAAAUCAAGACAAAUCAUGUGCUUGAGAAAAAAAAUUAAUGAAAACACAGCACUUAUGUUGGUUUAGCUGCAGCCUCCUUGGAGGUAGAAUUUAUUUAUUUAAAAUUACUGGUUGCAUCAUGAACCCAUAGGGUGUACAAAAGGCUCUAUAAAAUCUGCAUUAUAGAGACAAAAGAGGCAGGCAAAUCCAUGUCACAAGGAUAAAGCUUACAGUUUACAAACUGGGAACGCCAGGGUGUAGGAUAUUAAAAAAAGAAAAAAAUGCACUCUUGAGAAAACAAAUGUAAUCAGGGUGCUGAAAACUUGCAUGGUGCUUUCAGACAUUAGCCUUGUUCAACAAAUUUCUUGUAUUGACAGAUUCGUAGUGUGCAUGGGCAGACACAUUUUGCCUCUAUGUCUCUUAAAAUUUUAAUUAAAAAUACUCUUUCCAGUAAUCCUAAUUUGCACGAAGAUAUAAUGUCCACAUUACGUGCCUUGCCUUGAAAUCUAAAAAACAAAAACAAAAAAAAAACAAAAAGUGACAUCACUACACUUGUUUUGCUGCAUUUAUUAUCAUUUUAAAUCUUUACCAUUUUUAUGACAAAAUAUUUUGUACUCCAGACGAAGAAAAAUGUGUGACAUCAUGGAUUUUUUAGACAGUUAUACCUUUAUCUCACAUUUAUAAAGCAUAUCAUGGCUGUGUAUAGUUGCCGCUUAAAAAUUGUAAUCGACCAGCAAUAUUUUCAGUAUUUUGGUGUUUUUUCUAUUAACCUUUCAUGUUUUUCAUCUUCCAAUUAAUAUUGGGGGGAGGGGUUUCAAAUUUAUACGAAUUAUGCAAUACCAAGUUUUGCCUAUGUAGGUAGUGCUUUUAGCUGUAUUGGUUAUUAUAGGUAAGUACACAGAUUUUUUUUAAAAAAGUAUGCUUUUUGUUUGUUUGUUUGUUUUAAUUGACCAAAGUGGGUACUGCUAUUUUUGCAGUGUGAUGAGGUCCUUUUGUGUACUGAGAGAUGGACAGGGGAUUUUUUUUAAUAUACAUAUAUAUAUGCUGGGGCGGGUGGGAGGAUUUUUAACACUUUACAGUGUAGCUGUGAAGCAGUGCACCCUGAGAUGGGCUUGGGCUGCAAAGCGACUGUUCUGCCUACUGUGACAAACUUCCACUUCCACAGGUCCCCCUCUCGACUUUCCUACCUGGGGUGCGAGCUGAACUCAUUUCUGGUUUUCAAAACAACAAAACAGUAAGAACAAGCAGACACAACAAAUUCUCCUGGAGGCAGACUUGGCUUAGAAGAAACUGUCUUACUUUAGGUGGUGGUGGUAGCUUCUCUCGGAGGUGGCCGACCCUCCCUCGGUGGAGCGUGGGCCUGUCUCCUGCUUGGCUGAGACCUCUGUCCAAUGCCCACAGAGCUGAUGUCAGAUGUUUCACAUUGGGGGUUUAACACAGGAGUAGCUUUCUCUGACAAAACACUUUUGACGAACUGGAAGGAGUGCUUCCAUAUUCUUUCCCCUCCACUUCCUUGCACCAUUUCAUUUAUUAAUGAUAAAAAUUAUAUUAAGGAUAUGAUUUACCUGUGACUUACUGCUUCAAAUGGUUAGCAAUGCGCUUCAGUUUCUUUCAGUAUCCAGAAAAUUAAAUGGAAGGUCGCUAUUAUUGAAUGUAUUUGGACUGAUAGAUUAAAAUCAAAGUUCAGUUUCUAAGGAACAAAGUAAAGAAAUAAAUCUUUUUUUUUAAAUUUCACCUGCCCCUUUAAACUAAAAACUAGAGCAGAGAGAAAUAUAGAAUUUUAAGAACUUAAUUUUCCUGUGGAUUAAUUAAACCCAUUAGAUACUGAUGGGAUUUUUUUUUUUCAAGAGAUAGUACCUCAAAUAUAGAUUUGAUUUAGUGUCCCUGAGGAUUAGAGGGUGAACGGAGGCUGGUUUUAUCCUGUCCUUCCCCCUCUUCAAUCCCACUUAGUUCCUUACUAGAGGGAGAUACUUCAGAAUUGGUGAUACAUGGUAGGCUGUUUUAAGGAGCCCCUGACCCCCUCCCCGAACGUUGCCUAAUAAGAUAGACUGUCAGUUGUUCUCGCAGCAUAUCAUUUGAUACCGAACACUUCAGAACAGUGCUUAUGGGCUGGAGGAUUAUAUCACUGAGCCCAUUUGGUCUGAUGCCUACACACUGAUUAGUGGCGCAAGUUCCCGAAGAACGGGAUGCUUGCCCGUGGAAGGCGGGUCCUCGGCUGGGCCCUGUGCAUCUCUGACCCACGGUGGUGAGCACCUCCACCUCCCAGGACACAGUAUUCCCUGAAGGCAGACUCGCUCUGUUUUGCCAGUGAACGAACAGUUGUAGUUGAAUCCAGUGGCGCACUGUGGGUAUUCCUGCCUGCGUCUGGACUAGAAAGGCCUAGUGCAAGUGUUGCUUUAUUUUUAAGUCAAUUUUUUGCUUACUUCCCUUUGAAUUAAAACAAUUAAAAGUACUACUAUAGAAUCUCAAGUCCACUUUUCGGCCUCCUCCUCUUACCAGGAAGUAUAUUCGGACUGACAAGGGCCCCACUUUGCAGGUCUUGCACGCCCUUCCCUUGCCCAGAGCCGCAGAGCGCGGGCUGGUGGAGGGACCCAGGUGUCCUGGGUUGCAGCAGCCCUGGCCCCAGCGGUCCCUGAUGCUUUGCUCCGCGGCCCACUGCUCCCAGAGCCCCGCAGCGCUUCUCCGGAAGGGAGGCUGGUCCGAAGAAAACUAGAUAAAUACCAGGCAGUGAAGGAGACUGUACAUAAAGACAUGGCAAAAUCUUAAUUAUAGCAAUAUAGUUAUCGGGUAAUUUUCGGGUGGGCAGCUCCAUUAAAAAGUAUGUGAAUGAAUUUGAAGCUGCAAGUAGCAAGAAGAGCGGAAGGUCUUCUUAACGAACCGCCUACCUUGUAGACAGUAAUUUGUACACUGUAUAGUUUUGUUAAGAAUUUUUUUUAAAUUAAAAUUCCCAUGUUUGUAAAGCUAACUUUUUAACAAUUAUAAUGGAACUAUAUGUUGUUUCCAUUUUUAAAGUAAACAAGAAUAUUCCUUGUUUAGAGACUGGACUUGAGUUAAAACUCUCCAGGCUCUUAAGUUAUGUAUUAAAAAAAAUCUGUCCAUGUUAGGAGUUAUUUCACAGAUUCCUGUGCUUGAGAAGCAUAGGAUACUAAUCCUUUAAAAAAGUGUAAAUGGAGAAAAGUUAUAUUUUAUGAAGGUUAUUUUGUUGUAUUUAGUAUUGGAAAAGUUGGUUUUCAGAGCAUUUCAGAAUGUUGGAAGCACCACUGUCUUUUUAUUAGUAUGUAAGGCCUUUAGCAAAAGUUUUUGUGAUUGUUACGUGAUGGUAUUUAAAGUUAAGUUUCACAGAGCAUUCAGGAUAGGCAGAAAGUGAAAUUAGUGCUGUGUCUCACAUAACGUGUCCUCAGGGAGCAGGAUCUUGGAUUUGUGACUUGUAGCUUCAUAAGGACUCAACGAAAGAUUGCACAGGAACAUCCUCGGCGGUGUGACAGCAGGACAUGUUCUCUACCUAGAUGCAGAUCCCAUGGACUGUGAAACAUGAAGGCUGCAGAAAGUGACCCCACACUCAGUGUACAGUAUUCACUCUCCACGAAGCAACUCUACAAUAUUGCUGGCAGAUAGGCCCCAAGCAUGACAUUCAAUAGAGUUUACAUGUUCCUGUCAAGGUCUUUGUUAACAUGAACCAGCUGCAUGCUUCCUGGACUUUGAGAAAUUGGGUUUCUAUAGAGAACUUUUUUUUUUUGUUUUUAAAUGUGCAGGCUAUUCAAGUUCAAUAGUAAAAGCUCAAAAUUGAAUGUUCUACUCCAUGCUGAAGGAGCUGAAAGCUACCUUCUUCAUAUUUUGCACUUUCUGGUAGUUCCCCUGUUUUUUCUAAUUCCUUAAAAUUGUGUGGGUGGAGUGGAGCCCUGCAUUGGGGGGUAACAUGGACCACUGAUUUUGCCCUUUGACCCUGCACAAUGACCUUUGCAUCAGCCAAACUCAUUGCCAUGACAACUCUUUGUAUGGUGUCUGUGCCACGGAUCUGUUGGUCACAUUGUUAAUAGUACAGGGGACAAGUUGGAGACGGUCAAUUUUUACACUUUUUGUUGCAAUUUUUUCUUCAAUGGUUGUAAGUAGUUUCGUUUUUUUUUUUUAAUAAUAAAAGGGUUCACUAGUUAAUACUCUUUAGAAAUAUCUGUGUUGCAAUUCAAAUGUAUGUUGAGAUUGUGAAAAGUGCUUCAGUGCCACUAGCCUACCAGGACAUUAGAUUAAGCUUUUGAUAACUCUUAUUGCAUGAUAAAGUACCAGUAACAAAAGGUGGCCUAAAUACAUGAAAAGCAGUGUAAGCUAGUGACACUAAAGCCAGUCUUGUAUUACUGUAUUUUUGACAGAAUGGUUUCGAAAACUGUGCUACAGGGACUGAUGUGGCAAACGUAUCUCUUUAUGCAGAAGGAUGUCUUUUUUUUUUUUUUUUUAAAGAAGUAUGGCUUAUUAUGCAUUCUUCAUUGAGGGCAUUGAAGUUGCAUGGACUGAUAAAAGUUGAUGCAAAACGAGAAAGAUACAAAAAAAAAAAAAACCAGCAAAAUGUUUACCAAAAAACUCAAACAAAUGAGCAGUGCCUGUUCAAUUUCACAGUCUCUGUUGAGUUCAGUUGUAAAUAUGUUUCAAAUGACAUUUUCUUGGGAAAAAAAAUCUCUACUACAUUGUAGAAUGUGAGGGGUAACUGCAUCCCAGGCCUAGGCUUCUCGAAGCUGCAUUAGAUUCUGUCUUCAUCAAGCUGUUAAUUUGUGCAUAUAUCAUAUAGAACUUUAGCAUCCUGGGAAGAGGAGCCCCCACCUCAGUGAUAUUUCUCUGAGAACAACUUUUGUAGGACUGUGUGUUUCUUUAGAUACAUUUAGUACAACUGUAGGUGACAGUAGUCAGUUAUUGCUUGCUAGCUACACACCAGGGUUGAUCCAUUUUAAAACUUUUGGCAUUUUGUCCUCAUGGGCCGUAAAUACCGAACCUUGUAUUUUAAUUAAAUUUUUUAAACAGGAGGCACAUGCACAAUCUCCAUGUAACAAAUCUCUAGCAGUAGGAUGUAUUAUAUGACAGUUACUUAAUUUCUGGAGUUUAGGCCUCUGGGAUCAGCCCCAGACUGGGCCAAAAUGUUAGUGAAGGUUUUAUUGUGCCUAGUUGGAGGAUAAUGUUCUUUGGGUACUUUUUGUGGGUUGCAAAUGAACUCAAUUGCCACAAGUUUUAAACUGGUGUAAAUCAAGCUUGACUUAAUGUGAUUGUUACUGUUAUAUCCAGCCUAUACUGCUAGCAGCUGCUCAUACUGCAGUCAAUUACUGGAAGCGGAUAUAUUUCCUAUGCAAAAACUGUUUAAACAAUAAAAUGAGCUAUGCUACAGA